CCAAAGGGUGUGUUUUCGGCGCGGAGCGUAUAUUUGCAUGGAAAAGGGAGUCGGCGCGCGUGAGACGGACAGCGUCGGCGCCGGAAGACAUCGCGCGAGUUCUUCAAGGAGCGCCGGGGAGCUCGCGUGACGCUGCCGCGAACGCAGCGACGUCAUCCGCAGCGCUCGAGACUUUCCCUCGUCGCCCGGAUCGGGAUGGGGGCAACGUGAUCUGGAGGUUUUGUUGUCAUUGAGCGUCCUUUAGCGAUGAUGAUGGUGAUGAUGGAGGAAGGACGCGCGCGCCUCACGGUGUAAUGCAUUAAGAGGCUGCUCUCGCACCAAAUAUUUCUCUAAACCCGCACACCCGCCUGCAGUUCCUGGUUCGCGUGCAGGUACCUGUCUGUGCGUUUCCUGGUUGGCGGUGCGUUCACCUGGAGAGGGUGUGCUGCUCGGGUGAAGUGCUUUAGUUAAGUUAGUGAGAAGUCGGAAAAUGAUCCGGGGAUUAGCCGGUAGAUUAAAACGAAACUUCGAGCUAGUUGCAGAACCGAGCGACCUGGUCAGAUAAUUCUCCGUCCGAUUCCUCUCCGUCUUCUUCACCUUCUUGGCGAGCGUCAUGGAGAUCAAGACGUUCGUCCUCGUCCUGGCGCUGCUGGUGGGCUCCGGCUCUCCAGACAUGGGCACCGGUCACGGAAAGUCCUCCGACAGCCAGGACCACGGGCACCGGAACCAGGGGAACCACAGUCACACGAGUCCGCCCAAGAAGCCCUUCCCGGUUCUGUCUUUGGAUUAUAAUCACGUUCGGCUGCCCUUCGAGAUCUGUAUAUGGGUUCUGCUGGCUUCACUCAUGAAACUGGGGUUCCACCUGAUCCCUCGGCUGUCCUCCAUCGUGCCGGAGAGCUGUCUGCUGAUCGUGGUGGGGCUGCUGAUCGGCGGCCUCAUGAAGGUGGUCGGAGAGGUCCCUCCGGUGCUGGAGUCCAAGAUCUUCUUCCUGUACCUGCUGCCUCCCAUCAUCCUCGACGCCGGCUACUUCCUGCCCAUACGGCAGUUCACGGAGAACCUGGGCACCAUCCUCAUGUUCGCGGUGGUGGGCACGCUCUGGAACGCCUUCUUCGUCGGGGGUCUGCUGUACGGGGUUUGCCAGCUCGAGGGCCACAAGCUGAUGUACGUGGACCUCCUGUCGUGUCUGCUGUUCGGCUCCAUCAUCUCGGCCGUGGACCCCGUGGCUGUGCUGGCCGUGUUCGAGGAGAUCCACAUCAACGAGCUGCUCCACAUCCUGGUGUUCGGAGAGUCUUUACUGAACGACGCCGUCACUGUGGUGCUGUAUCAUCUCUUUGAGGAGUACAGCAGCGUGGGCACCAUCACCGUGACCGACGUCUUCCUGGGUGUCGUGUGUUUUCUGGUGGUGUCGUUGGGGGGCAUCGUGGUGGGCGCCAUCUACGGGAUCCUGGCGGCCUUCACGUCCCGCUUCACCUCGCACACGCGCGUCAUCGAGCCUCUGUUCGUCUUCGUCUACAGCUACAUGGCUUACAUGUCGGCGGAGGUGUUUCAUCUGUCCGGCAUCAUGGCGUUGAUAGCGUGUGGCGCCGUCAUGAGACCCUACGUGGAGGCCAACAUCUCCCAUAAAUCCCACACCACUAUCAAGUACUUCCUGAAGAUGUGGAGCAGCGUGAGCGACACGCUCAUCUUCAUCUUCCUGGGAGUGUCGACGGUGGCCGGGCCGCACGAGUGGAACUGGACCUUCGUGGUGGCCACCGUCAUCUUCUGCCUGGUGGCGCGUGUUCUGGGUGUCGUCGGCUUGACCUUCGUGAUCAACAAGUUCCGCAUCGUCAAACUGACCUCUAAAGACCAGUUUAUCAUCGCUCACGGAGGACUGAGAGGAGCGAUCGCCUUCUCCCUCGUCUACCUGCUGAAGACCGAACACUUCCCCAUGAGAAACAUGUUCCUCACCGCCAUAAUCACCGUCAUCUUCUUCACUGUGUUUGUGCAGGGCAUGACCAUUCGACCUCUGGUGGACCUCCUGGCGGUGAAGAAGAAACAGGAAACGAAGCGAUCUAUUAAUGAAGAGAUUCACACACAGUUCUUGGAUCAUCUGCUAACCGGCAUCGAGGACAUCUGCGGACAUUACGGACAUCAUCACUGGAAGGACAAGCUCAACCGGUUUAAUAAGAAAUACGUGAAGAAGUGCCUGAUCGCCGGCGAGCGCUCCAAAGAACCGCAGCUCAUCGCCUUCUACCACAAGAUGGAGAUGAAGCAGGCCAUCGAGCUGGUGGAGAGCGGCGGAGGAGCCAAGCUGCCCUCGGCCCUGCCGUCCACCGUCUCCAUGCAGAACAUCCAGCCCAAGAAGCCUCCUCAGGACCGGGCUCUGCCGCAGCUCUCCAAGGCCCGCGAGGAAGAGAUCAGGAAGAUCCUGCGCACGAACCUGCAGAGGACCCGCCAGAGACUGCGCUCGUACAACCGACACACUCUGGUUGCCGAUCCGUACGAGGACGGCUGGAACGAGAUCCUCAUCAAACGCAAGAAGAUGAUGGAGCUAGAAAAGAAGAUAUCACAGAUGAACAAUUACCUCACGGUUCCCGCUCCGCCUCCUGAUUCUCCCACCAUCGCUCGAGCUCGACUGGCUUCAGACCCUCAAGCGUGGGGCCUCAAGUCCAUCACGGAAAGCAUCCCCACCAUUAAAGUGGACCUCGCCUCGCCGCAGAGCCCGGAGUCCGUCAACGUGGUGAACGAAUUCGGCAAGAAGGGAGGCCAGCCGAAGGUGAGCGCGGAGGAGGAGGGCGGCCUCACCAUGAAGCUUCCCUCUCCCACGAAGCAGAGAAAAGACAAACCGGACGACGGGGACGACGACAAGGAGCCUCAGCAACGGUUGAUGCGCUGCCUGAGCGACCCGGGCCCCGCCGCCGAAGAGGAAGAGGAGGACGAGCCCUUCCUCCCGUGAGAGACGAGCGAGAGCAUCGGCCGGAUCACUAACUGCUGUAACACGGAGGACAGAUGCACAAUCUGCAGGAAGCCAAAACGAACGGAAAAUGAACCCAAAUAAAGGAACCGCAAGGGAGCGAUCGAAAUAAGCCAUUUAUUUUUGUUCACCAUUGCUCUUUUUUUCAUUUGUAGCCUCCUUACCAGGCAUGAUGCGACUCGAAUCCCAAGCGAUGAUUGUCAUUGUUCAAUAUCAGGUUUAUUAUUUCCGGGUCACAUCGUGUUCCGGUUCGGGGAGCUGAUGUUCCCGCUUGGCAUUUGCUACGGACGCGAGGGGAACGGAUCUAUGCAUUACCAAACGGUCGCACUGUUCAGUCUAUUCAGGUGAAACGCUCCCGUCGUUGUUUUCAAAGCAUUGACGCAUUCUCUAGUUCGCGAUGCUCUUGUUGUUCGUUCGCGCCAAUUGCCUUUUCGUUUCGUUGACGCGAGUAUCGCUGACCUCUAGGGGGAUCCGAUUCGUUUAUCGGGAGCAAAGCGGUCACGUUAAGGCCUUUCUUGUGUUUCUCAUGCAGACGGUGCAUAUUUACAGUGGCUUAUUGUUUCGCCCGUUCAAGUCACGCUCAUAACAGACCUGAUAAACGAUUGCACAAUACAAUUACGUUCAGCUUGUACUUUAUAUCAAAACACGUUUCGGUCUAAUAGUCUUUAAUUCCCUUUAAAUGCACUCAAGCGCUUUGGUGAGCCGUUUUAGAGGAAUAGUUCAUCCAGAAGCUACAAGUUCAUCUCUUCGUUUCUUUCCGAACCCACGUGCUUUUUACGAAUGGUUAUCUUAACGCCGCUCUUUUCCGUAAAAGUGCACAGCGACCCAGCUGGCGAUCUCCAGAAAGCAUCGUAAAAGUGACGUCUGUAUGGUUCGGUGCCACGGAACGAGAUCGUAAUCAUGACCCAGUAUGAGAUAGUAAAUCAUAAUUAUGAUCCAUAUCUAAUAUUUUGACUUUUUAUGCCAUAAAGCGCUAAAUUAUAAUUGAGACUCAAAACUAUGAUUAUGAGGUCGCAUUUAUGGUGCGCUCGGUGAUAAAUGUCAAAUUUGAGAUAAAAAGUAAGCAUUAGGGAAAUCGUUAAUGAUCCAAAUUUAAGAUACUGAGCGAGAAAUAUGAUACAAGAAGCUUUAAUUAAAGAAAAUAUGAGACGGUGAGUCACGAUUAUGAGACGAGAAGCCAUAAUAACAUCUCAUAUUGAAAGAAAAGUCAUAAAUCUGACAUAAAAAGUCAAAAUAUAAGGUAAAUAUGAUUAUGACACACUAAGUAAUACCGUAGGUGUGAUAUAAAAAAGUAGGUUAUAAUAAUAGUUAAAAGAUAACGGUUAUAAGACGCUAGUGGGCAUGAAUUAUGAGACAAAAAAAAUUGUUUAUGAAGAGUCGUAAUUAUGAGAUAUGCCGUAAUUUACAUAAAACAUCACGGUAUGAGUCAGAAUUCUGAUCCAGUGAUCCAGAUAGGGAGUCGAAAUGAUCAAAUGAGUCAAACUCGACGUACGGAAAUGAUUAAAAAUGGUAAUUAUGAGAUAAAGUGGAAAUUAGGACAGGAGAUCAAAACUAGUCAAAAUUGUGAGAUGAAAUGACACCCCAGAAGUAGUUUUUUGUUUUUUUGUUUUUUCUAGUAAAGAACCGAUAUCUUAUUUUUGGGUGAAUUAUUCCUUUUUAAGUCCCGCGGAUGAACACUUUCCCGACGCCCUUCACGCGCACACACACACACUCGCACACACACUCGCACACACACGCACACACACGCACACACACGCACUCGCACACACACACACACACACACACACACACACACACACACACACACACACACACACACACACACACACACGCACGCACGCACGCCUCACUGCCCAUGUGACGGAAGCGCAGGUUUGAUUUGCGUUGCAUGACCCCCAAACGGUGUGAUUGUAUCCCGAAAGAGCUAUGCAGAGUCUGAAAUAUGAAUUCUUCUGAAUUAUUCCCUUUAAAGCCUUUGCACGGCGAGCAUCGAAACACCGGCCUUUGAUUCUCCCGCAGCCCAGAUCCUGCUCUGGAGGUGCAUCGCGUAUCUCAGAAAGAAUCAAUAAUAUAUCAAAAUCUGAAAGUCUUUUGCAUGCACAGAGAUUAGAUUAGUCUUAUUUUAAUGUAAAAAUCAUAUCUAUAUAUUUUACAGAUGUGAACUCUAAAGGUCCAGAGAUGUCUAUAUUCUGCUUUGAAGUAUUACGGCGCUAACUGACCGGUUAUUUAGCAUUUUUACGUUUGCCUUUUGGAGAAGAGAUGACGUCUCCUUUUCAGCCUUCCUCAUCAGAUCGGUCACUGCCUUCGCUGAAGCUCAAGCACUUUCUGCUGGUUUUUGGGGAGUUUAGUCUGGUUUUAGCUGGUCGUGUUUGACGGAUGUCAGCUUUUUGUUGCAGUAUUCGCAUCAAUGCGGGGGAAAGUGGGAACGUUUAAAAAUAAACAUUUUGGCAAAACCGCGAAUUCUGUCAUUAUUAACUCGAUCUCAUUUCGUUAUUUUCUGUCAGUUUCGGAUAAUCUUUAUGCAUGGUUUGAAUCCAGUGUUAUUUUCAGUGGCGUCUAGUUCCUGCAAAUAUUGCAAGCUGGUUUUUAUCAAGUAGUUUUCUUUAGUAGUUUAAUUUAAAUAAAAUUUGUUUAUUUUUUAUUUGUUUUAACAUAACAAUAUCGUUUUAAUUACUCAUUUUUAUUUUAGUUCUAGUUAUUUUAAUGCAUCCAUUUUUUUUUUUAAAAUAUAUAUCUUUAUAGCUUGUAUUCAUUACAUUUCACUUUUAGUUAUUUUAGUGCCUCGAAUUAAACUAAAUGAAAAUGAUCAACGUUGCGUUGGCAAGUAUCUGCCAUUUUGAGAUUCUAUAAUAAUUUCAACUUUUUAUUUAUCCUUUUCACAUUUUAGUUUGAGUUCACCUGCGAGAGGUGGUUAAAUAAUGACAGAAUUUCCUUUUUUUUUAAACGAAACAUUCUGAAACACAUGAAGCUGAAUGCCAAUGAUGAGUUUUUUUAUUUAAUUUUUUUUCUGGUAUUCUGUAUAUUUACUGUAUACGCCUGCAUGCUUGUAUUAUGUUUUGCUUGCCACUGAUUGGUUAACAUCAUUUGUGUAAUUUUCCCAAUCACAUUCACCAUAAAGCCUCUUUAUACAGACGGCAAGUACUUGAUGUUUGCUUUAUGACUGUUUACCUUUUUUGCUUUGCAUAUUUUUGCCUUGUUUUCGGCGCUUUUUUUAAUUUUUAGUCAUCGUCAAACGACCGUAAGCUGCUGUUCGUCUCUGCGGAUCAGAGUCAGAUGCAUCACGCUUCUCUUUUGGCUGCAGACUGGAGACGUGGGGUUUAAUAACCUGAGCUCGUUUUCAUCUGAUUUGUGACGAUGGGACUCGAACGCAGACUGAAGACUGAACAAGCCGAAAUGAUUGUUGAUGAAACCACGAGCCAUACUUUCACGCCAUUAUAACCUUCGAGCGGUUCGAAAGGACCAGUCAAGACGUGUUCUGUCAGCGCUCAUUGCUUUUGUUUACACUCUUUUAGCUUUAAUUUCGGGAUGUUUGGUGUUGCAUUAUUGAUCACGGAGACCUCUCGAACAUGCUUUAUCUCUAAAUGAACUCUGAAUGACUGUUUACUGAAAUGUGCAUGAUUUUAUUUUAUUUUAUUUUUAAUUUCUGCACCAAACACAAGCGCAAAGGAACAAUCGCUUUGUCUUGUUUCAUGACCGCGAGCUUUCGGCUUUCCCUUUUGUUUCAGAGGCCGUUUGAAGCACUUUAUCAUGAACAACCUUUAAAAACGAAUCAUUUUUAAAGCACAGCAAUAAUUAAGGCGUCCACUUUACGUCUCUGAUGUGAGGAGUGUUGGUUGAUUUUAUUAUGGGCUAACGGUUGGAUUUUUAACUCCUAGGAAUGAUUAUUUGUUGUGGGUCCAAUUCUGAGAGCUGAGUUUGUCUGAAUGUUACUCAUCUACUGUUCUAUAAUCUCCUGUUUUGACCGGACUAAUUCAUUGUCAUUUGAAAUUGCAAUAAAAUGUUUAUUUUAUAUAUACACAUGCACACAAAAAUAAAUGAUAUCUAAGUAUAAGAUUGGAGCUAUAUAAUAUAAAAUCAGUGUAGCACUACAAGGAUUCACUGUAUUUGUCGAGUCGCUUCACCACUUCGCUCUUGCAUUCUGGGAACUAACAUGGUCAUCAGAGAUACGUGAAUAAAGUUUUCAUUUGCAAACAGCA